AUGCGCUUCCUCAAAACCGUCAUAACUGCUCUCAUCCCGCUCGUAUCUGCAACAUGCACUCCAUGGUCUACUCCAGGGACUUGCACUGCUACUUCUGCCUCUUGCGAUUUCUACACCUGUCUCGAAAAUAAAUCAAGCUGUGGUCCCACGGGCUAUGCAUUUGGUUACGCCCUACCAUUCUGCAACGCUAUAACAGCCGUCUCAUCUACCCUAUCCGUAAACGGGCAGUCAUGGUACUCUACAACGAAAGUAUGUCUCCAAAAUGCUCUCGCUACCGAGGCUUCUUGCGAAACCUCAUGCACCGAUAUAUUCCUCAACGCAUUUGCUAGUCAUGUACCCUGUUACAUUGACUCCGGCUUCUGUACGCUCAGCCUAGCCGAUUUAAAGAUAUUUUUCCAAAUUGUGGGGGUUUCUGGUGUCACGAGCAAUGAUGGACUGGCACUUUUUGGAGCAGUUUUGCAACAAUGCGUGGCUAAAUAUCUAAAUAAUGAGAUUAACAGUGGGUGGACAAAGCAAUUGGUUAGGACGUUGAAUGGAGAGAUUUAA